CUGCGAUACCUUUUCUCCAACGUCCAGCAUCGAUUGAGUUCUGAGAGCCUAUUGUCAAAUUGGUGUCGCAAUGGGCUCACAGUUGAAGAUGUUUUCGGGGCCUCGGCUUGGCUUCCUCCGCCCUACCAUUCUAUCGACGUCCUUCACGGGCCUCCCUGUUACUCGAUGCUUCUCGACGACUUCUCCCGCCCUUGACUGGCUGACGCCGAAAUAUGCGGAACGGUCCAAGUCCCCCAAGGGUCGCCCGCAUGUCGCAACUGGCGGCUCUUCCCGAGGCACAACGGUCGUUUGGGGCGACUAUGGCCUGCGUAUGAAGGAUCACGACCGUCGGUUGCCCGCUCAGCAUUUGAAGAUUGCAGAGGAAACGAUCAAGCGACGUCUGAGGGGGAUGAAGUACACGCUGUACAAGCGCGUGAGCGCCAACAUUGGUGUGUACACCAAGGGUAACGAGCAGCGUAUGGGUAAGGGUAAGGGUAAGUUCGACUACUGGACGGCCAGGGUUCCGGUGAGCCGGAUCGUGUUCGAGCUCAAGGGCGACCUGCACGAGAAGAUCGCCAGAGAGGCCUUCCGACUGGCGGGCCACAAACUGCCCGGUCUCUGGGAAUUUGUCGACAAGAGUACUCCGCCUGUCGUCGGCAUCACAAAGCUCGGCAACGGCGUGACACUGGAAAGCCUGAAACGAGCCCGCAGAAGCCCCGCCCUGGGCACCGAGAACCUCCCCAACCCCCCGAAGUCGACCUCUUCCUCCACCAGCCCCACGGCUCCCCAAUAAACACUCCGCACCGCAAUCCUCCCACCUAAUGACUUCAUUUUCCCUCGCUGCGCUCACGUCUCGACCACCGCUCAGGCUCCCACACCGGAUCCCGGUCCAUACCCCUGCUGUCUCCGGCUCCUAGCGGCCGUCGCGUCGCUAGCCCGAGCGUUAAACGUCCGGCCUUGUGUAUACUAUUCAUCAGCUUUGGUUCCUCCUUUGUUCAUCCAUAUCUUUCGCAUCCAUUCGGACAUGUCUUUCUACAAUAUAAC